GUAUAGAGUAGUUGGCCCGGCGGCCUUUGUGGUGUGGCGCGCAGAUUCAGCGCAGUUUCGCAGUCCACGCGCCCUCCAUUUCCCUCUCCUCCCCUCCCCUCCCGCCACCUCCUUUCACGAAAAUGCAACCGCCGCCGGAGUCAGGCGACGCCCUCGCGGAGUGCCUCCGACUCCUGGCCUCGCUCCCCGCCGCCGCGGCCUCCUCGCCGGCCUUCCGCCGCCACUGGCCCUCCAUCUCCGCCUCCCUCUCCUCCCUCUCCGCCUCCCUCUCCCACGCUGCCUUCCCUCCCUCCGCGCCGCUCCUCGCGCCCCUCGCCUCCGCGCUCUCCGCCCUCCUCUCCGUCUCCGGCGGCCCUCCCCUCGGCCACCUCCACACCGUCUCGCUCCUCUCCUCCUCCGCAGCGUCCCUCUCCCAGCUCGCCGCCGACGCGCGCCUGCUCGUCUCCGAUGGCGCCGACGCUCUCGGUGGAUCCGACACCGAAAGCCUCCUCCCCCGCCUCCGCCUCGGCUCCGCCACCUCCCGCGCCGCGGCGCUCGACUCGCUCGCCGAAUCCGUCGGCUCCGUACCGGCGUCCUCCUCCGCGGCCGCCGUCUCCGCCGUCGCUGCCAUGCUCGACUCCGUCGACCUCCUCCCCGCCUCCCGCGACAAGGCCGUCUCCCUGAUCGCCGCCUUCGCUUCCUCCAAGGACGCGGCCUGCCGCCGGUCCCUUGCCCAGGAGUCCGCCACCGUGGUUCCCCACCUCUGCCGCGCGCUCGAGUCCGGCGGCGCCAGCGCCGAGCACGCCUGCGUCGCGCUCGAGCCGCUCACUGCGUCGUCACGUGACGCGGCUGCGGCCGUGGCCGCGCGCGGGGGCGUGGCGGCGCUCCUCGCGGCCUGCGCCGCCGGCACUCCAGCGUCGCAGGCCGCCGCGGCCGGCGUGCUCCGCAACCUCGCCGCGUUCCCCGACCUCCUCCCGUCGUUCCGCGACGAGGGCGCGCUGCCCUUUCUCGUGCAGCUCGUCUCCCUCGGCACCCCGCGCGCGCAGGAGCUGGCCCUCGGGUGCCUCCAGAACCUGACCGCGAGCGACGGUGACGAAGGCCAGAGGCUCAAGGUGGAGGCCUUCCAGGAAGGCGCGCUCGGCUGCGUGAAGGACUUCCUCGAGUCCUCCUCCUGCCGCGGCGGCGACAACGACGAGCCGGGCCUCGCGCCGGCGUUCGGGCUCCUCCGCAACAUGGCGUCCUUCCGCUACAUCGCCGAGAUCGCCGUCUCCGCCAGCUUCGUGGGCCACGUCGUGGCCGCGCUGGGCAGCGAGAGGUCCGUCACCCGCACGGAGGCGGCCAUGGCGCUCGCCGAGCUGUGCUGCAACGUCGGCAAGGCCAGGAAGGAGGUCGGCGACGCCAUGCCGAGGCUCAUUUGGAUGCUGGACGCCAAACUCGUGGCCGAGAGGGACGCCGCCGCGAGGGCGCUGGCGGCGCUCGUCGCCGCCAGCAGCAGCUACCGGAAGCUGUUCAAGAAGGACGAGAUGGGCAUCGUCAACGUGGUCCAGCUGCUCGACCCCGCUCUCCGUGCCGUCGAGAAGCGGUUCCCCGUGGCAGUGCUUCUCGCCGUCUCGCAGUCCCGGCGAUGCCGGAAGCAGAUGGUGGCCGCCGGCGCAUGCGGGUUUCUACAGGGGCUCCUAGCCGCGGAGGUGGAAGGAGCCAAGAAGCUCUCCGAGUGCCUCGGCAGGGGCAAGAUGCUCGGCGUGUUCCCCCGGACGUGACGGCGAUCACUCACAACGACAGCGUCCCGAUUUUCGGGGACGAAUUCGGAGUUCCCGUGAUGAACUGAUGAUCAGUCCCGAUUUUGGGGAGGAAUUCAGAGUUUUCCCGUGAUGAACUGAUGAUCAGUCUUGCCUUGUAUGUACGUGCUGCUUGCUCUCCGUAUGAAUCAUGUAUAUGUUGUUGCUUUCCAUUUUUCUCCAUAGCUUAGAGUGCUCGACGAUGAUGAUGGUGACGAGUGUUUUAGUGUGCCUAAAAACCAAUAAAAUCACGGAAAAGAUUGUAAUUAGUCUCUGGUCUUCAGAAAUUAAGCUCCUUUGGCCGUUCUGCAUUGCUCCUCUUCCCCAUCGAA